AUGGAGGCAAUGAGAGUCAGAGGGUGUCGCUCUCUGACCUCCCGUGAUGAAGGACCUGUCCUCACUUUACCGCGGUAUCACAGGCUCUCACUGCGCUACCAGACGGACUCGGUUCAGGUGUCUUUUGUGAUUGUGAGUCUCAGUCCAGGAGGUCUGCAGACGCCAGCGAAUCCCCCGGACAUGAUGUCACCCAAACCAGCACUAAUCAAACACACUCUGAUCACAAAUAACACUGCGAGAGACGAGGAUCUUCCCCGGAUAACAUCAGUAAAGACAGACGUCAGUGUGUACAUGAACAUGGAGCUAACGGUCAUUUCUCUGGCUGUUUGUUUGUUUGUGGCUGAUGUCCAGUGUAAAGUGCCACCCUGUGACCUUGUCAUAUUCUCUGGGAAUUAUGUCUCGACAAAAGUAUCAUUUGCUGUGGCUGAUGAUCGUCUGUUGUGUUACACGCCAGAUAACCUGCUCAAAAAUGAUGAUAAUUGGCGAGACUUUGACAGAUUCAUGUUUCUGGAGCUUCAACAGAUCAACCUGUCCAGUGACGAUGACGUCACCGCUGGAUCCACAUCACAUCAUAUUGUGACUUGUCAGACACAGCAAAGCAACUCCGACAUCAACACCAACAAGACUACCACAAUCACUAACAACCCUAUCACCGUCAUGACUGAAUCUACCAUCACUACUACCAGCCCUAUCACCACCACCACCGAAUCGACCAUCACCACCCCUACUAGCAACUCUACCACCACUGGAUUUACCAUCACUACUACCAGCCCUAUCACCACCACCAACGAAUCGACCAUCACCACCCCUACUAGCAACUCUACCACCACUGGAUUUACCAUCACUACUACCAGCCCUAUCACCACCACCAACGAAUCGACCAUCACCACCCCUACUAGCAACUCUACCACCACUGGAUUUACCAUCACUACUACCAGCCCUAUCACCACCACCAACGAAUCGACCAUCACCACCCCUACUAGCAACUCUACCACCACUGAAUCUACCAUCACUACUACCAGCCCUAUCACCACCACCACCGAAUCGACCAUCACCACCCCUACUAGUAACUCUACCACCACUGAAUCUACCAUCACUACUACCAGCCCUAUCACCACCACCACCGAAUCGACCAUCACCACCCCUACUAGUAACUCUACCACCACUGAAUCUACCAUCACUACUACCAGCCCUAUCACCACCACCACCGAAUCGACCAUCACCACCCCUACUAGCAACUCUACCACCACCGAAUCGACUGUCACCAUCACUACUUCCAGCCCUUUCACCAUCAUCACCGAAUCGACCAUCACCAUCACUACUAACAACUCUGCCGCCACCGAAUCGACCAUCACCAUGACUAAAUAUACCACUAUCACCAGUACUAACAACCCUACCAAUAGCUCUACCACACCCACCACCACCUACAAUGCCAAUUGUCCAGAUCCAUACAAAGCUGAGAUGACUUUCAAUCUACAAGCUGAGCAAAACAACACAGAUAAAAUGGAUCCCCAAAAGGCAGCAGAAAACUUGGACAAAGUGGAGUCGCUGGUGGAGCAGAUGGAAAAAAGCAAUAAAACCAAUGCAGCGAUUGUCAUGGGGGAUGUAAUUGGCGUUCUUCAAAGACAACCCAAGAACACAGCAACCAAAGACAUCAACAUAUGCUACUCUUCAAGUCAGAAUAUGAUAAACGUUGUUGAGAGCAACCAGGCUGGUUUUCCCUGGUCUGUAAAGAUUCCCAGUGAGGCCUUUGAUAAAUCACGACAGGAAAACAAUGGAAUUGCAUUUGUUGGAAUUCUACGUUUCAAAAACAUGGGAAAUAAGGAGGAAAGUAAAACUCACACUGUUUUGAACAGUGAGAGUUAUGGAAUAACAAUGGGGGCCAAUAUUUCCAAUCUCUUCGACAAUAUUGACAUGAUCAUUAAAAAGAAAGAGAAUCUGACCGGUAAUGUGUCCUGCGUUUCUUGGAAUGGCAAAGGAGAACUUAAAUGGAAGACGUUCGGCUGUGAGACAGAAAUCGACAACACCACCAUAAAGUGCUUCUGCUCACAUCUGACGUUCUUUGCAGUGCUGAUGUCUCUGCCAAAAGCAAAUGACACAGUGCCACAUCUGGAAUCAUUGACCUUAAUUUCUUCUGUCGGCUGCGGCAUCUCCAUGUUUUUUAUGGCCAUCGCUUUAUUCAUGCAUUUCCUGCUACGGAAAGCCAAAUCAAAUCAGGCCACGAAGAUCUUGAUGAACAUGUUUGUGGCUUUGUGUCUACUGAAUAUCUUCUUUUUGUCAAACGAGAGCGUCGCUAACACAGAAGACAACACUGCGUGCGGCUUCAUAGCCCUGGUCCUGCAUUACUCCAUGCUGGCCUCAUUCACCUGGUUCUUCAUUCAAGCUCUUCAUAUGUACUUAUGGCUCAUCAGACAGAACGUCACCAUCACAAACUACAUGAGGAAGAUCACCGUGUUGGGCUGGGUGUGUCCCGCUACGAUAGUCGUAGUUAUCGUUUCUGUAGGAGGAUAUGAAGCAGUGACCCUAAACACGACGUCUGGAAAAAUCACACGAAUGUGCUGGAUUACAAAUUCUUACAUUCAUUAUAUGAACAUCGGCUACUACGCUUUAGUUUUCAUCUUCACGACAGGAAUCUUCAUCAUCGUCACUAAGGUUGUUCAGGCCAGACGCAUAAGAGCAACUGAUGGCAAGAGAAAGACGUUCAGAAAGCAGCUGAUGAUGGUGUUGAGUUUGUUCCUGCUCUUCGGUCUGACGUGGUCUGUGGCGUUCUUCAGUUAUGGACCAAUGCUCAUUCCCUCAUAUUACAUAUUCACUGUACUGAACUCAUUACAGGGGUUUUUCCUCUUCCUGUAUUACUACCACAUUCACAAUGAUGUUGCGGGUAGCUUCUCUGAUGAUCCAGAAAGCACUGACUCCACCACAACCAUCACUCAAUCCAGCAUUAAUGCUGUAGAAAAUAUUUAUAACUAG